AACAUGCGAACGUCGUAUCGACGCUACAAUCGAUCCUCGUGACUUUCCGUCUGUUAGCUGACGAUAAUGUCAGGAAUAAUGUUGAAAUUGAGCAGUAGGUUCUCAUAACUCCGAAUAUAACACUAGCGUAAAAAUUCCAGUGACGAUACCGGACGUAAGAUCACCUCAGGAUGCGCGAAUAAAUCGUGGGAUUUUUGCACCGAAACGUCGACGAUAUUUUUGAGAGAAACGAAGGAGAAAAAAAAAUGUCAUCCGGCGUGGCGAAGGAUUUCUCCUGCAUCGGAGGACUGGAGAAGCACAUCAGGAUCGUGAAGGAGAUGGUCCUGUUCCCGUUGAUGUACGGGGAUGUGUAUGCUAAAUUCAAUCUCAGACCGCCGCGCGGUAUACUGUUCUACGGUCCUCCAGGAACGGGAAAGACUCUCGUGGCCAGCGCGUUGGCGACAGAAUGCAGCAAUUCCGAGCGCAAAGUCUCCUUCAUCUCGCGCAAGGGUUCCGACUGUCUUAGCAAAUGGGUCGGAGAGAGCGAGAAGAAGCUCGAAAAGAUUUUCUCCCUGGCGCAACAGACAAAACCGUGCAUAAUUUUUUUUGACGAAGUCGACGGUCUCGCGCCUGUAAGAUCCAGUCGGCAGGAUUUCGUUCACGCCAGCGUGGUUUCUACUCUCUUGGCCCUAAUGGACGGUCUGGACAAUAAUUCCGAGAUCAUAGUGAUAGGCGCGACUAACAGAAUCGACGCGAUAGAUCCCGCUCUGAGGAGACCCGGCAGAUUCGACAAAGAACUGUACUUCCCUUUGCCUUGCUACAGCGCCAGAAAGGAGAUACUUUCGGUGCACAUUAAAAGCUGGAAGCAGAAACCGGCACAGAAGUUCUUGGCGUAUCUGGCGUCGAAAACGCUAGGAUUCUGCGGCAGCGAUCUGCAGGCCCUUUGCGCUGAAGCAGUUAUGUGCUCCGUUCGCAGAAAUUAUCCGCAGAUCUAUAAUUCCAAAUCUAAGUAUCACAUCAACGAACGUCACCUCAAAGUGGAAAAGGAAGAUUUCCUGAAAGCAUGCCAGAACAUCGUUCCCGCGUCGCAUCGCGUCAUCGUCGCCCCGAUCAAGAACCUGUCCUUCAGGAUCCAGCCGUUAAUGCACGAAGAUCUGGCGGGAAUCCUGUCGCGCUUGCAGACACUUUGCCCGGCCGGCAUGCUGACUUCCGACAACAUUACAGGUAAGGCCUCGUCCAAGGCGAGUAGUUGCCCGCGAAUUUUGUUGUGCGGCGACGACGAUUCCCACACUCGUCAUCUGGGCCCGGCAUUGCUGCACACCCUGGAACACUUGCCGUGCCACAUCCUGGACGUCACGACGCUGUUCGAGGAAACGGGCAAAGCGGCCGAGGAAGCUAUGAUACAAAAGAUCAAAACCGCGCGUCGCACCCUGCCGGCGUUGCUGUACAUGCCCGGGGUCCUGACCUGGUGGGACCUGGUGGACGAGACGGCGAGAGUGGUUUUCACCUCUUUAAUGCGCGGUCUCGAUCGAUCGGUCCACAUGCUCGUGCUAAUGACCGCCCAUUGUCGGCACGUUAAUCUGCCGCCGGAGAUUGCAGAAUUGUACGACGAUAAUCGCGGCGAAGUAUACGAAGUAAAAUCGCCUUCGCCGCAAAAGCGACGUUCCUUUUUCAAACAGUUGUUCAACGGAAAAUCCGACGGUCUUUCCGAUCGCUCCUCGCAAGCGGAUUUGGCGCCACUCUUGUGCCCGAAGAAGCUCAAGGGCGAGAACAGAAAGCCGAGGAAUAAUGUACACGCCACCGAUUCCAGCGGAUUACUAGAGAUUAGCGCGGCACGUCGCACGACCAGAAAGAUUAAAACGCAAUCGAAAGCGCGAAAUAAGCUCGGAGCUGUACGAUCCUCGCACUCGACGUCUUCCAGAUCGAGAACGAAUAUUAAGAGGGAGUACAACGCGUCCGGCGAGGGUCCGCCGUCCAAACGACAGAGAUUAACGUCGAGUGCCUCCUCGGCCCCAUCCAGCACCGAGAAGCUUUUCAGCUCGCAAAUUGAGGAUUUGAUCGAAACGAUCGUUAGAUCGACCGACGAGUGGCCGAGUCAUCUGCUGGAGAGCCUGUUCUCCUCCCUCGAGCUCGCAAUGGAGAACAACGAGGAUCUGUGCGCGACGGUCAACGAGUACGUCGCGCGUUUCGAAGAAUUGAAACGGGUCAAAAUGCGACCGAAGCAGGAAGAGGAUUGAUCACUAAUUUGAUGAAAUUGUCCCUCUCGUGAAUCGUUCACGUGAAUGUCCGAAUUUGUGAAAUGUAACGCGAUCGAACGCAAUAACUGAUACGAUGAAAAAUUCGUGGAAUGUAAUAUUGUGAUGUAAUCAAUUUUUUUUAGAAAUAUGAGUGAAUUUAAAUAAUAAUCAUUUUAAAAGUA